CGAUAUCGAAUGGUUUAAUAGAAAAAUAUUUUGCGGGAUUGAAUCUGAAUAAAGGAUAGAACGUGAUUUUUCACGUGCAUGUAGUGUAUAUUUGAUGAAAUAUCGUUUGUACACUUCCUGUGAUUAGCACGUUUCGAGGCUCGCGCGUAGGUCGAUGUCCGAAAAUCGUUGGCCAAUCGACGCACGGCUCUCUCGUCGAGAACCAGUCAAGCACGUUGACAGAUAUGCAACGGCUGGUCGUAAGAGCUUGCAUAUUUCGAAUGGCAUUUUAUAGUGUGGAUAACAACGUAUCGCGUGCUAGUUCAGUCUAUUGGAUUAGACGAAAUUCUCGAAACGAUACACCGGUUUUCGAAGAAAUGCGCGAUUUUGGUGCAAGUGCAACCCAUUUUGCGCAGUUUCCAUGACCCAGAUUAUGAUGGGGAGUUCGCUCGCCUUUCGGAACAGCUGUUGGCCGCGCGAAGAUGUCGGCCGCGGGGAAACGCUUGGAUAUUUCGUGGAUUGCGCGCGCCUCUUGGCGGCUUCGCCGCUACAAUUUUCAGGGCUGUAUCUACUUACAACAUAUUAGGCACCUUACAAUUCUUCAAUUUCAUCGGGACGCGAUGCAACUUUUUCUGAAGAUAUCUCAUUUAAACUUUCUUGUGUAAUUUAUCACAAUAGCUGAAUUUACAUGAUGAAAGUAUAUUAACCGGAAACCAAAGGAAUGAAAUUAUUAUGAAAACAUCUUGUUAAAAAUAGUGUACGCGAUUUUGUACGUAUCAUGCUAUUUGGUUGCUAUGUUUUUUUUUUACGUAGUAUGGCAUUCGCAUAAAAUGCCUCGCGCUAUUAUCCUAAUUUAUAAAAAGUUAUACAUAUCCCAUCAAUUGUGUUAAAUUACCAUUCUUACAUAGCGUAAUUAAAAUUCCAUAUGCUUUAAACAUCACAAUAGUAUUUGAUCAAACAGAAGUUUCAAAGUGUGAAGUUUUAUUGUUGUUAACUAUUUUUUCUAAUGUGACUUAUGAGAAGUUCAUAUUGUGAAGAAGUGCUCGAAUGAAACUUUGGCGGUAUGUUGUUCGAGAGUAUUCGUAUACUCUUUUUUUCAAUGUAUUUAUAUCUAUAGAUAUUAGCUGUUUUGUAACAAACAUUUUAUAUCUGAAGUAUUAACGUACUACGCAUAAUAUAUACAAUCUAAUAUAUAUCACGACAAUAUUUUUUUGAAAAUGUAUCAAUAUAUAACAGAUAUAAAAACACAAAUUGAAAUUUAUAUUUCAAUUCUAAAAUUUUGUGAAAUUUAAAUUGUCAUUGAAUGACUAGAAAGCGUAGUUGAACGAUAACUGUAGAAAAAUAAAAUUUCAAGAAAUUUACAAUUGUAAUUGUCAUUAAUUAUGUUCAAAAAUGAUUUUUCGUAGCAAUUACAUUCCAUGUGAUUCCGGACAUAUUAAAGUAAUUAAAGUGAGUGGAAUAUCUUUAUCGUGGAAAUAGUGAAAAAAGUACCGAAGAAUAAUCGAUGCACAAUUAAUGAAAGUUCGAAGAGAAGUCUCGUGAGGUCUGCGGCACGUACGCUUUGCAGGAGGUACCCGAGUGGUUGGUAACAGAGACGCUUAGUAGAUGAAUACGGUCCUGCGCGAUCCCCUCCACUUUCCUCAUCCCGCUAUACGACCAGUCAGUUCCUUGUUUGCCAUACAAAAUCCAAUAGUUUGCCUUGUACCUCGAGAGAGUGCGAGUAUGUCUUUUCCAUUUGCCUUUUUUUUUAAAAAGUGCGGUAAUUCAUCAAAGUACUCGCGAAAAUGUGCAUUUUACUAAGUUUAUUCACUCACACAACAAGAUUUCGAUGGUUUUGAGAAGGAGAUCCCAGAAAGCAUAGUGAAUUCCUGUCUGAGACCAGACCGACCGGCCCGUUAAGGCUUCGUCGAUUUUUUGGUCGUGAAAAAACAACGGAGCCGAAGCUUUUGUGCAGAAAGUCAGUUGGACGAUUGAAAAAGACCGAUACGACGAAAACCAGUGUAUCUAAGUGCGCGUACAAAUACUCGAGGUGACUCCUGUGUAAAAGGAGCACCGCAGGACGAAUAUUUUCACUGGAGUUCUCGAGAAAAUGUGUUAUGUAUUUACGUGGAAUAUUGCGUAACGUCGAGGGCCGGGAAGUGUUUGGAAACGUGCAACACUGACAAACCUCGCUUCGACGACUUUGCAGCACGGGCAGCACGAGCUCUACGCGUCCGUGCAGCUGGCUUUACCGGCUCUAUUUCGUCUCUUCUAUCCCAGCGAAAUUCCCCUCGCGAUACCGCGAUCGAAAUUUUCCAAAGGAAGAAACUCCACCGACGCUCGUAUCUUCUCGUGGAACAGCACAAACUUUCCUCGCGAUCAACUUGAUUUCAACCUCGACCACUUGCUUCUGGAUAACUUCUCUCGAAAUUCCCUGGUGCAAGGACGUUCAACUUCUUUUCAAAUGGAAAUUGUAUUUCCAAUGUGAUCUGCGAUGAAACGUGUUCGCGGGCUGGACGAGGUAGCAUCACCAGCAGCAGCAACAUUAAAGCACUCAUCAGUGAGUGCAGGAAGUGGCUUAGGUGGCGGAGGAGGUGGUUUGGAGUACCAUUCAAGCAGUGGAAUAGGCGUUGUUGUACCUGGCCAAGCAGUUCGAUCAGUUGCUUCGAAAGAAAUGCCGGGAAGCAUACAAUUUGGAACUGCCCAAACUCAACAGCAAUAUACUGGAGCAAUUGUAGUGCCGACUGCGGCUCCGUCCCCUAUUAAGGGAAGUGGAUCUGGAGGACUUACUUCUACAUGUAGUAGUAGCAAUGUAAACACUAGUGGAGGGUUACAUGGUGGAAUAGGUGGUGGGAGUAAUCAUAGUAUGGGUUCCCAACAGCCUGCACCAGGAACUCAAAAUCAAGUUCAUAGCCAACAGCAACCAACAAUAAGGCAUAAGGUUCAUUCUAGCAAUGUAGCACCAUUAGCUUCUACUCCACCAGGCAGUAGCCUAGGUAGUGGCAGUGGAUCCCAACAGUUCCAGAGAUUAAAAGUAGAAGAUGCAUUGUCUUAUUUAGAUCAAGUAAAGUACAAAUUUAGUGAUCAGCCUCAGGUGUAUAAUGAUUUUUUGGAUAUUAUGAAAGAAUUUAAGUCACAAAGCAUAGAUACACCAGGAGUAAUAACAAGAGUGAGCCAUUUAUUUAAAGGACAUCCUGAACUUAUUGUUGGUUUUAAUACCUUUCUUCCACCUGGAUAUAAAAUAGAGGUACAGGCAAAUGAACAAGGAUAUGCAUUUCAAGUAUCAGUUAGUAUGCCAAGUCCAACAGCAACACAUACUGCUACCUUGUCACAACAUCAUUGCACUGUAAAUGUUGGUUCGCCUCCUGUUGCAAGUCCACCAACACAACCAGCAAAAGCUCCACCAGUUUUACAAAUAAUGCAAGGAUCCGGAAAUAUACAUCAUUCAUUGGCAAAUAAUAUUUCGAAUAACAGUUUAACUGUACAUGCACCUUCACCACCACCAGUACAGGCAUACAAUAAUUCACAUGUUAGUGCAGCUCAAGCACAGGCUGUGAGUCAAGCAUUAAGUCAAGCGCAAGAUGGUAUUCCGACCAGUGGGCAAACUCAACAGAGCCAACCAGUUGAAUUUAAUCAUGCAAUUAAUUAUGUUAACAAAAUUAAGAAUCGGUUCCAAGGUCAACCAGACAAAUAUAAAAGAUUUUUAGAAAUUCUACACACUUAUCAGAAAGAACAACGAAAUUUAAAAGAAUCUGGACAUAUGGGUGGCACAAGUGGAUCUGGUGCAUCUGGCGGAGCAAAACAUUUAACAGAAGCAGAAGUUUACAGUCAAGUUGCUAAAUUAUUCGAAAACCAAGAAGAUUUACUCGCUGAAUUUGGACAAUUUUUACCAGAUGCCACUAAUCAACAAAGUGCAUUGAGUAACAAGACUGCUACAGUUAACGAUCAUACAACAAUCGUUAAAAAACCAUUGGGACCUAAAGCACCUUAUAAUAAUUCAGGAAAUAUUUCGAGAGAUCUUCGAGAAUCAAGCGGUAUUAAUACAAUAGAACGAGAAACUCGUGAUCAUAGAGAUCGUGAACGGGAAAGAGAUAGAUCUGGUAUACGAGAUAUUAAUAGUGUACAAAAACUUGGCCACAAUACGGGACAAUUAAAAAGAAGUCCGUCGUUUUCACCUUCGGUAACAGCUGGAAACUCUCAUCAUAUACAACAUGGUCCACCUCCUUUAAAAAAGCAUAAAGUAUCAUCCAUGCGUGAAUGUGUUACCAUAGCGGAAGCUGGAAAAUAUGGUAGUUUGAACGAUUAUGCUUUCUUCGAUAAGGUUCGUAAAGCAUUAAGAUCUCAAGAAGUAUAUGAAAAUUUCCUCAGAUGUUUGGUUUUGUUUAAUCAAGAAAUAGUUUCCAAAUCUGAACUGGUGCAAUUAGUAACGCCAUUUCUUGGUCGCUUUCCUGAACUUUUGCGUUGGUUUAAAGAUUUCCUGGGCCAUUUGCCUGAAUCUUCUAACACCAAUACAACAAAUGCGAGUAGCAAUUUAAAUGUCGAAGCGCUACCAAAUAAUGUUGUACGAAGUCAUCAGGAGAGACCGCAAGGUGAUUUGGCGAUGGAAAUUGACUAUACGGCAUGCAAGCGCUUAGGAGCAUCAUAUUGCGCAUUACCAAAGUCUUACGUUCAACCAAAGUGUACAGGAAGAACGCAGUUGUGUAAAGAAGUUCUUAACGAUACAUGGGUUUCAUUUCCAACUUGGUCAGAAGAUAGUACAUUUGUAACAUCCAGGAAAACUCAAUAUGAGGAAUUCAUUUAUCGUUGCGAGGAUGAACGAUUCGAGUUAGAUGGUGUAAUAGAAACUAAUGCAUCAACGAUUAGAGUUCUAGAGGGUGUUCAUAAAAAAAUGAGUAGAAUGAGCCAAGAAGAACUUCAAAAAUUUAAGUUAGACGAUUGUCUCGGUGGUUGUUCUCCUACAAUUCAUCAAAGAGCCUUGAAGAGGAUAUAUGGUGAUAAGGCUGCUGAUAUUAUAGAUGGUCUUAAGAAAAAUCCUGUCGUAGCAGUACCAGUGGUUCUUCGUCGAUUAAAGAGUAAAGAAGAAGAAUGGCGGGAAGCGCAAAAGGGUUUCAAUAAAAUUUGGAGAGAACAGAAUGAAAAGUACUACUUGAAAUCUCUAGAUCAUCAAGGUAUCAAUUUCAAGCAAAAUGAUGUGAAAGCUUUAAGAUCUAAAAGUCUAUUUAAUGAAAUUGAAACAUUAUAUGAUGAGAGACAUGAACAAGUAGAUGAUGGCAGCGGAGAUGGUCAAAAUAAUAGUGGUCCACAUCUUGUAUUACCUUAUAAAGAUAAAUCUGUCCUAGAUGACGCAGCUAAUCUUCUUAUUCAUCAUGUAAAACGUCAAACAGCCAUCCACAAAGAAGACAAGCAACGAAUAAAGCUUUUAUUAAAGCAUUUUAUACCUGAUCUUUUUUUCCAUCCACGUCAGGAAUUGAGCGAUGAUGAACGAGAUGAAGAUGAUGAGAAGGAAGAUCUCAAUGUAGCAGCAUGUAGUAAUUCUCAAUCGGCAACGAUGAAUAUUUCUCCAUUGAGUGGUGGUCUCCAAGCAAAUAGAAAUAAGGCCCCUGUAUCUCCGAUUCCGUCUUCCACAUCGAUUAAAACUGAACCUGAUAUUAAAGUACCAAUUCAUGCCAUGUCGAAUGAUCCUGAAGAAGCGUACACGCUUUUCAUGGGCAGCAACAAUUGGUACCUUUUUUUAAGGUUACAUCACAUUUUAUGCGAAAGAUUAACAAAAAUGUACGAUCGAGCUGUGGCUCUUGCUGAAGAGGAAUCGCGAUAUAAACAACAACGCAAGGAGAGUACAGCGGUCGCAUUACGAUUAAAACCCAAAAAUGAAAUUGAAAUUGAGGACUAUUAUCCUGCAUUUUUGGAUAUGGUUAAGAAUGUCUUAGACGGUAAUAUGGAAAGUACUGCGUAUGAGGAUACUUUGCGAGAAAUGUUUGGUAUUCAUGCAUAUAUCGCUUUUACGUUAGAUAAGGUUGUGACGUAUGCCGUAAGACAAUUGCAGCAUUUGGUCUCAGAUCCUAUAUGCCAGCAAUGCAUGGAAUUAUUCCAGCGAGAACAACGUCAACCAAAAGAAAGUAGUGGUGCAGGUGGUUUAUGUGCUACAGCAUACAUGAGACUUGGUGCAGAAAUGUCGUAUCAACGUAAAGCUGAAAAAGCUAUGGCGGACGAGAAUUGUUUUAAGAUAUACAUUUAUAAAAAAGACUGUAAAAUGACAAUGGAAUUGUUGGAUACGGAAGGUGAUGAGGCGAUGGACAACAAUUGUAGGGAAAGAGAAAGGGAAGGAGUUACUGUAUCUGAAAAAUGGUCUACAUAUGUUGAGAGGUUUUCUGCUCCAGCUGGUCAGACUAGCCCGAAAGACACCCCUACCUUAACAGACAAUGAGCCAACAACCAAUCAUCCUGUGAGUAACGACCAGGCAGCAAGGGGGGGGAGGGGCAGAAAGCGCAAGAACACUGACACUAGCAAGAAGGUUGACUGGUAGUGUGCAUCUACUGAAUCUAAAUCUGAAAUUUCAUCAUUUCGCUAUCAUACAUUCGAACAUUAGUGAAGCCUUUGGGAAGGAAUUAUGGAUAUUGACUCGUGAACACAUUACUUCCACGCCACAUCACGCCGUGCAGGGUAAUCGUGGCUUUUUCUAUCUUCUGAUCGUUCCAACUUUAAAUUUGUCACUAUGAAACUUCUAGUAUGCCGGAGUAACUAUUGAGUCCAGAAAAGAAAAUAGAAAAGAAAAAAGAAAACCAGUGCUGGAAAAAAAGGUGCAGAAUACGAUAAAGUACCAUUUUGAAGAUUUUUCAAACACUUCCAAAGGUUGUGUGUUAUGGUUCCUUACGGAAAUUAACGAAAGAAACUUGGGAAAUUUCUCGUCCGUACUAUUAAAUUAGGGUAUGUUAACGAUACAUUGAAAUUGUAUAUUUUUUAGACAUUAGGCUAGGAUACCAGCCUUAUUUAAAAGAUUUUUAAUUACGACGAACACUUGUCGAUUCGACGUGUUAUAUAUUACAUUCUUCGAAUCAAAUUUGUUCGACUUAGAAGUAGUGUGAUAUGUAAAAUUAUAGUAUGCAUUGGUUCUAGCUUGAAGUUAAAUGAAAACUGGAAGUAGCGUUAUCAAUGGCGUGGACCAAGUGUGUUCCUGGCUUAACUGUUGCGCCACUGUGAAAUACACGUGUAUGAUAAUUCUUUGCUGUGUAUAUAUAUUAAUAUAUAAGUAGUAAAGCAAAGAUUAUAUGGUGUAGCAUGUAAAUAGAAAAUCACUUGUAUCUUUUAAUUAAUUCAUAGCUCUAAUUGAAACGUAACAGUACGAAGUGUUGAUAUCCCUUCAAUUGACUUGGAAUAAUCUGCCAAAGGUUUCACAGUUUUAGCUCUCUCGAUUGUUGUUGUUGGUUUUUGCAUUGAGAUAAGGUCCAUUAAUUUUUUUUUUCAUUUUUUUCUUUUUUUUCUUGUUUCUUUUUUUUUUUUUUUUUGUUUGAUACUUCAAUUUUAAAUUUUUUGUAAUUUCACUCGUAACUACAUUCUUCUCUUGCAAAUGACACAAUUCUGUCAAAGGUGUUAAUAAUUUUUUACGGUGCAAAUUAUAUAAAUUGUUGCUUAUUAAACUUUAACUCAAGAGUAUCGGUUUUAAUGUCGUAUCCUCCGCAGGUUUGACGAACGAGUUAACCAACUUUAUAAUUGAAAAUGUGCUUUUUAAUUUGUGUCGUUUAGGACUUCUUUUUUUAAAUUAAACAACAUUAAGAAAUACUGUUGACGAUUGCUAGUUUUAUUGUUUGACGUCGAGAUAAAGAAAAAUCUACGUUUUGUAUAUUUUAUGGAUAACAGGUACUACUUCUUAGUUUUCUUUGCCAUAGUAUAUUCUGUACAGUUAUAGAAACACGUUUAUGACGCAAGUGGAUUUUCAGAUGCAGUGUUCGCAACGUUGUUUCCUCAUUGAAUAAUAUCUUCGUAUUUUGUACAAAAUGUAAAACAAAAUGCAUUUCCUGACAAGGCUCUGCAUCAUGGAAUUUUAAGCGCUAUUAUAUAUAUAGAGAGAGAGAAAAACUACACGUAUUAUGUACGUGUAUAUAUAUAUAUAUAUAUUUUUCGUUUAUUUAACGGUUCAAUACGUUUUUAUUAGAUAACGUGGCACAAAUUUAAAUUAAUUUAAACUAUAUACAUAUAUAUAUAUAUAUACAUAUAUAUGUAUAUACCUAAAUAUAUAUAUUUAUAUAUAUGUAAUUAUUGCCACAAAUAAUCUGAUUUAAACGUUACUGUGACAUUUGUAAUAUAGUUUCAUUGAGACUAUGAGAUCGUACGUGCAGACAGAUUUUAUGUGAUUGUUAUAAGCUCAUAUCUCCGUUUUCACUUUAUGCAGUGAAUUUUAAACUCUAUAUAUAUAUAAGACAUAUAUAUAUAUUUUGUAACUGUAAUCUGUAUAUGAAAUGAAUAUACAUAUAAUAAUAGAUAAACAAUAAUAUUGUAUAGAAGAGAGAUAUUGAAAUACAUGAACAAUGCUUUUAAACAUUAUUGUCUAACAUCAUUUUGUACCACUAAAUUUAUUACUUUGAUUCUCCGAUAAUAUUAAUUUUUUGUAACAAGAAAGAAAAGAAAAGAAGAAGAAUUCUUUGCCUCUGCUUUUACGAAUGAAACAAGACAAAAAACAAUGUAAACCAAAUAUUUU